GCGAACGGAAGUCUUAUGAAGGCUAUUUGCAGUGUAUUGAAACUUGUACAUGUAGGUGGAGCAGAGCUCUGGGGUCAAGGAAACAAGCAUGGCUGCCUUGUUCAGAGGAUCUUGGAAUUCGUUGCGACGGUGCAGUAAACAUGUCCACUUGUCACUCGAUUUCUCCAGGUCCAUGGCCUCCAAGACUCCAGUGGGCUUCAUUGGAUUAGGGAACAUGGGAACACCAAUGGCCAGAAAUCUACUAAAGAAUGGCUAUCCAGUCAUUGCCACCGAUAAUUUCCCUGAGUCUUGCAAAGAACUGCAGGACCACGGUGCUCAGAUCCUGGACACCCCAGCAGAUGUAGCUGAUAAAGCAGACCGUAUUAUUACCAUGCUGCCGUCCAGUCCUAAUGUCAUUGAGGUCUACACAGGCCCCAACGGAAUCCUCAAGCGAGUGAAGAAGGGGACGCUGCUGAUUGACUCGAGCACCAUCGACCCCUCUGUGUCCAAAGAGAUGGCUGUAGCUGCAGAGAAGAUGGGAGCCGUGUUCAUGGAUGCCCCAGUGUCUGGAGGUGUUGGUGCGGCCAGUCUGGCAAAGCUGACCUUUAUGGUGGGCGGCGUGGAGGAAGAGUACAACGCUGCUCAGGAGCUGCUCACCUGUAUGGGAGCUAAUGUAGUUUACUGCGGCCAAGUUGGAGCUGGACAGGCAGCUAAACUGUGUAAUAAUAUGCUGCUGGCCAUCGGAAUGAUUGGAACAGCAGAGACUAUGAACCUUGGAAUCAGGUUGGGUCUGGACCCGAAGCUGCUGGCCCAGAUCCUGAACAUGAGCUCCGGGCGUUGCUGGUCAAGCGACAGCUACAACCCUGUCCCAGGCGUCAUGGAGGGCGUCCCCUCAGCCAACAACUACCAGGGAGGCUACGGCACCACACUCAUGGCGAAGGACCUGGGGUUGGCCCAGUCGACAGCCACAAAUACACGCACGUCGGUUCCUCUGGGUUCCCUGGCCCAUCAGAUCUACCGGAUUAUGUGCGCGCGGGGCUACGCCAAUAAGGACUUCUCCUCCGUUUUCCAGUUCCUUCGUGAGGAAGAGGGACAGUAGACGUCCCGCCUCCCCCACCUGUCACCACAGACUGUGACGCUUGCUGUUGUUUCCAUCGAUGUUAGUUUUCUUUAAAUGUGCAAUAUCAGUCUGCGCAGAAUUCUCCCUGUUUGAAUUUUAAUUGGAGUUGUUAGUCUGUGAGAGCCAUUUUGAUCUGGUCUUUUUGGAGAUGAUUACAAUGACCGAAACUGCUGACGACGAAAAAAACGUUCUGACAAUGUUGACGAUGCUGGUUUUGUCAUGACUGUGAUGUUAGUCAUGCCUUGUGUCAAGACAUCCCUGCCAAGUGUACAGUUCUGUCCCCUGCACUCCUGUUUACAGUCUCCUGCGGUGUCCCCUGGGUCCCUGGAUGAGACCCUCCACCUUACCACUGAUGUCAACAAUUAAGGACCAAAACACAACUGCUCGUUCCUUUUUCACACAGACAUUCUCAUGUUCCUUUUUUUUCGGGGGGGGAGUAGGUGAAAGAGUCCCGAUAGGCCUCCCCCCUGCUAUUGUUGGAUGCUCACAAUGAAAACAAUAAGCCAUUUUAUCUCUGAAUGACUGAAGCUAUUCAGGCCAACAGGCAUCCGUUGAGUGAUACCUCAACCUAUAACUGUUUCUCUAAAGGAACUUCACUGUACCUUGUGGUACCGGUAUACCUCAGUACGAUAUCCUGUGUAGUGUUAUGCUCUCUGGCCAUUCUCUUCUCCCCCUCUCCUUCUCCACACCUCUGCAUGCUUGUAUAUAUUUACACAGGCACAUUAACCUUCAACCGCCAUUUUGUCGGUAUGCAUGUACAUAUGUAUAGUUUGUUGAUUUACUGUAAGAUUCUCGGCUUAGUCAUUUGUAAACCAGUUUGGCUGUGAACUGGUUUUCACUAGAUACAAGUUUUAUUAAAACAUCAUGCUGAACAUGGCAUAUAUCCACACAGGGCUGGAAUAAAGACAAAAUGUGACCAACACUUUAACAGUGUGUGGAGUGUGUGGCAAGUGAACUCUAUUACAACAUUUGUUCACAUGAGCUGUGUGUGUGUGUGUGUGUGUGUGUGUGUGUUCGUACUUUUGUGUGUGGUAGUCUGUAACUUCAUUCCUGUUUUAUUUCCGUCAGUGCACAGAUUGGGUUGCAUUAUGUGUGUGAAUAUGCAGACUUGUCCUUUCUUCACCCUCUUGGCGUAUAUGUGGGUGUACAUGGGUAGCCGUACAGUUCCUACGUCUGUGGUUAGCUUCUUUUCCAUUGUUUUCCCUCUGACCCAGACACUCAUAUAUCACACACACGUGACACACACACGUGACACACCCUGCACACAUUAACCACCAGUCCAGCAUCACAGAGGAGGAAAAAGAGCCACUAAUUACCAAAUGAUGCUCUUAUUUCCAUCAU